AUGCCCAAGGCGCGCGCAAACGCGAAACCUGACCCUGGUUUCAACGAUUUGACGAACGUGUUCGUUCUAUCCUCUAAUUCGGGCGCGACACAAGGUCUUCUUGAAGUUCCCAAGUCUCUCGACGUCGAGACAGUCCGGCAACGACGUGCCCAUCAGAAGUCCCGAGCAGGAUGCGAUAAUUGUUCACUUGCUCAUGUGAUACACGAUAGUGCAAUGAAGGCACACCAUGUGAAAAUUGUACGCGGAGGAAAGACUCCUGUCGUAGGACAAGACGACCCACAUCGGGUACCUCGAUUGGAAUAUCUCCGAGUCAGCUCGUUAUCCCAGGGACUGGAUCGAGAAUUUUGGACCCACGCAAUACAAUUUUCCUUUCAUUUCGAUUAUGUGAUGAAUGCAAUUUUGUGCGUUGCAGCUCGUCAUCGUGCUUCAUUACAGCCCGGAGAAUCGACGUACGUCGCAGCAGCCAGUAAUCAUUUGUCCCGGACGUUGGGCAGAUUUCGAUAUGAAAUGUCUCGCCCGUUUCCUUCGAUGCAUUUGGAUGCUUUCAUUCUCACGUCCCUGUUGCUCCAUUACGAGUUCUGGAUGGGUGACGAUUUUAUGACGCCUCGGGAUGAUACCUGCAAUAUGCAUACAGUGAACGCACUGACAGAUCAUCUAUUCUCGUACUGCUCAAGUAUGAAGCAAGUUUUCUUAAAAUGCGUGCCACACGCACUUGGCCAAUCGUCGGUGUGCAUGCCGCACAUACGAUGCAACUCUCCCAUCGAAUUCCUGACCACAAUGAGCGAACAGAAGAAUGGGGAACUGAGGAAUAAGUACCGAGAGCGUCUUUUGCGCAGUCCCGUCAGCCUAGAUCUACUCGACCUUGGCGACAUGGUCGACUCAGAGCCUGUUAGGGAGACUCAUCAUGAAUUGAAGGAUGACACUCCUGCUGUCUCUGAGCGUGAAAAUGGCGGAGGUGAGAUGGCCGAGUACGAGCGAGCCAUCACUGGCUUAUCACUCCUUCUAUCAUUUCUUCCCAACAACCAUUCGCAGCCAAAUGGAGAACUUCAGAGCAUUGACAACUCUUUUGUCAAGACGAUAUUACCCGAGUUGGCCAGCUACAUCCUCCUGUUUCCAGUCAUGUGCCACGGACAAUUUGCUUUCAAAGUUCAGCAAAGCGACCUACGGGCUCUGAUUGUACUGUACCACUUCUACCGUGCCGUGGGGAUUCUGCUUCCGUCGCGCGAAUAUUGGUGGGCACAUCAUCGUGCCAGAGCUUCGGAACAGAUUCUGCAUGAUUGGUUGACAAGACAAAUAUCCUGA